AUGUCUACCAGUCUAUGUAUCCAACAGUCUGUGUACGAGAUCACCAGUAUGUCUAAAUGUCUACCAGUCUAUGUAUCCAACAGUCUGUGUACGAGUCCACCAGUAUGUCUAAAUGUCUACCAGUCUAUGUAUCCAACAGUAUGUGUACGAGAUCACCAGUAUGUCUACAUGUCCACCAGUCUAUAUAUCCAACAGUCUGUGUACGAGAUCACCAGUAUGUCUAAAUGUCUACCAGUCUAUGUAUCCAACAGUCUGUGUACGAGUCCACCAGUAUGUCUAAAUGUCUACCAGUCUAUGUAUCCACCAGUAUGUGUACGAGUCCACCAGUAUGUCUACAUGUCUACCAGUCUAUGUAUCCAACAGUCUGUGUACGAGUCCACCAGUAUGUCUAAAUGUCUACCAGUCUAUGUAUCCACCAGUCUGUGUACGAGAUCACCAGUAUGUCUACAUGUCUACCAGUCUAUGUAUCCAACAGUCUGUGUACGAGUCCACCAGUAUGUCUAA